AUGCUUAUUACUUGGAAUGAGUCUGCUCAGGAUCUCUCCUUUCAAAGGAGCCUUUUGCCGCAUGUCGAUGAUGCAAUAUCUAUAGACAAUUCACAAUCGAAUUUGGUUCCAAAUAUUGCUGAUCGAUUGGAGUCUGUUUAUUCAGAAGCUGGUAGCUGGAUCAUGGCAGAAAGGCUACGAAAAGUGGUUCUUGAUUAUUUUAUGAUGGUAAAGGGAAAAGAGAAUAAAGCUACUCUGACAAGAAUAAGUGGUCUAGCUUCAUCAUACUGGAAUCGGGGCCAGUUGACUGAGGCUGAGAAGUUGGAGAAGGAGGUGCUGGAGAUCAGGAAGCGGGUGCUUGGACCAGAGCAUCCAGCCAUACUUAGCAGCAUGAAUAACCUGGCAUUAACAUACUUAGAUCUGGGGCAGUUGAAUGAGGCUGAGAAGUUGCACAAAGAGGUGCUGGAGAUCAGGAAGCGGGUGCUUGGACCAGAGCAUCCACACACACUUGCUAGCAUGCAUAAUCUGGCAUAUACUUAUUCAAAGCAGACAAGAUGGGAAGAGGCAGUGGAAUUGAUGGCUAGGGUAGUGGAGGGAAGGAAACAAGUUCUUGGAGAUGAGCAUCCCCGUACCGUCGGUAGUGUUGAGGCUCUUGAGGACUUCCAGCUUGCACAUAAAAAGACUCAACAGGCAGAUGACAUCUAA